CAGCCACGACCACACACUUCCUUUGCACUUUAGUGGAAACGCCAAACAGACAACAACAAUUACAGCAAAGUUCAGUGAGCACCUCAACCCGAAGAUGCUGGCCCUCAUAAACCGGCUUUUAGACUGGUUCAAGUCACUGUUUUGGAAAGAGGAGAUGGAGUUGACUCUUGUUGGACUUCAAUACUCGGGGAAAACCACAUUUGUUAAUGUGAUCGCUUCUGGGCAGUUCAGUGAAGAUAUGAUUCCCACAGUUGGAUUCAACAUGAGAAAAGUCACGAAAGGAAACGUCACCAUCAAGAUCUGGGACAUAGGGGGACAGCCGAGGUUCCGGAGCAUGUGGGAGCGGUACUGUCGUGGAGUCAAUGCCAUUGUAUACAUGGUGGAUGCAGCAGAUAAAGAGAAAGUGGAAGCAUCCAGAAAUGAGCUGCAUAAUUUAUUAGACAAGCCGCAAUUGCAAGGAAUUCCUGUGUUGGUACUCGGCAACAAAAGAGAUCUCCCCAGUGCCUUAGACGAGAAGCAGCUCAUCGAAAUAAUGAAUCUGGCAGCAAUCCAAGACAGAGAGAUUUGCUGCUAUUCUAUUUCCUGCAAAGAAAAGGACAACAUAGACAUCACGCUGCAGUGGCUCAUUCAGCACUCCAAGUCCCGGAGAAGUUGAAAGUGCCGGAUCUCCCGGGUCUCCCAGCUCCGUCUGCCGUGUCUCCCCGUCAUGCCGUACCCUGUUCACUUUGUGAAAUGCAGCCGUCCCACCGACUCACUGUGCUGCACUCCUAUGCUCGUUUCUCCCUGUUACUGUUUCGCCCCCUGGUUCUCCCUUUAACCCCUGCAAUGCACUACUCGAUGUCCCCUACAUCUCUACCGUAGACACAAAAUCAGCAUUAUAUCUUCUGGAAUGUGCUCCUCUGGCCCUUUGAUACUGAGAACCUCAGUCACAAUCUGCUGGCUAAGUGACAGGUGUAUCCAAUUGGGUAAGACCCCAAAAUCCUGUUGUCUGUAACAGCAGUAGUGUUGGGGAUGGAUUGGCGCCAUACCCUCAGGACGACUGUUUAGUCAGGCUAUGGGGUCUCCAGAAUCAUGAAUGAUACUAGGUGGUUCUGUAAGUGUUUUCUCUCAAGAUAGUCUAGUAGCUAAGGAGGAGGAAUCAAUUGGACUCUUUCCUGUCUAUGUAAUGUUUAUCUGUGAGAUUGUAUAUUUUUUUUUAUGGCUAUUGCUUUUUUUUUUUUUUGCCAAAUCAAAGUGUAUCUCUCAAGGAAAUUUAUAUUGUUUUAGAGAAGAGAGCAAUGAAGUAAAAAAAGAAAAAAACAACUUAAAAAAGUAGUUUUGUAGUUCAGAAGGUAUGUAUGAAUAUCAAGCUGGUAAGAUUUUUACUGAGAAAGUUGAGCGUAUCUGAAUGUGAUUCUAUUUAAAGUUUGAAUGUACGGAAGGUAAAUUUGUAUUGGAUUGUGUGGAUAUCAGCCUUUAUUGUGUGUAAUUUGCCUCAGUGGAAGGAUGUCCUCUGUGUUGUCUAUAAGCUUGGAGG